AUGUACCUCGGCUUUUACUUACUGUAUAGGAUCUCCCACGAGCAAUCCUCGACGCUAUGGACUCCGCUCCAGAUGGACAUGCCCUCCGAAGACGACCUCCUGCCCACGGAGCAUUACCUUUGGGACAAUGACAGGAAUGGUUCAUUCAAGUUGGUCAAGCGAUACCCCGUCACGAUUCCUGCCUCGGUGCGCGUCGGCGCUUUUCAGAGAUCUUGCCAGGCCGCCAUCCUUCUCGGCUAUGCUACGAAUUGGGAGGCGGCGAACGCCGAGAUUGAGGAACCUCCCAGCGUCUACUCGUUUGUCCAGCUGGAGUCGGCUACAAGGAACCUCAUCGAAGCUUUGAUUACCCGGUCCGAGACUUGGAGCGAAAAUUUAAACACCUAUGCUCUGUGUGCAAGGCCCGACACUCCCGCCCGAGAUCCGGAAACAGACAUGGAGAUGAAGAAGGCCGUCGCCGGCAUCAAGUUUACCAUUGGUCUCGUAAUCGAUGGCUCAAAUGGCAUCUUCAACGCGUACGCUAACCGUGAAGACGUUUUGGAGCACUGUGCCCCAGUAUGGCCAUAUGCACAGUAUCAUACAAUGCAGCUUCUCUUCCACUAUGAGGCCCUGCUGGAAGAUGCAGAGUCCAUGAUGGCAGAGGUCAGGCAAAGCGUCGAGAGCACCACGAAGCGAUGGGCAUGUUCUCGUAAGGAUCCGCCCUACGCCUUUUCAACUACGAACCCGCUGACUCCUUGUUUUAGGUUGGCUGUUGGAAGAAUUCGACAGAGUCCAGGCGACGCGGAGGAGCGGGGCCAAGAUGUGCAAAAAGGGCUGACAAUGAUAGGUGCACCCUUGGAAGCAGGACGUGCGGACACUGCCCAGUUCCUGAAUGAGACAUGA